GAUUCGUGUACGGCGCUGAACGGUUCGGUCAACUUGGCUGAGCUCCACGUCUACGACCGGUAAUCUCCGGUAGUCGCUGAGCUGCUCUUCACAUUUAUUCGGACUUCUUCCAUUUAGUUGACCGGUCAAGUUCAGUCGAAUCAGCAUAAUGAUGCUUAAGUACUUCUUUCUACUAAUUUUGGCUCUUGGGCUUCGAGCUGCAGAAGAGGAUGUUUUCGAAUGGACCGACGAUGACUUCGCUCCCGAACUGGAACGUCACGAGAAUACCCUGGUCAUGUUUUACGCACCAUGGUGUGGACACUGUAAACGUCUUAAGCCAGAGUACGCAAAAGCAGCUGAGUUACUCAGAGGAAAUGAGCCUCCUAUUACUCUGGCAAAAGUAGACUGUACUGAAGGUGGAAAAUCUACAUGCAAUAAAUAUUCUGUCAGUGGAUAUCCUACUCUAAAAAUUUUUGCAAAGAGCGAGCUUGUCAAUGAUUACAAUGGACCCAGGGAAGCUGCUGGUAUUGCCAAAUAUAUGAAGGCACAAGUAGGUCCUGCUUCUAAGGAAUUAACUGGAGAGGAUUGUCAGAAAGCGUUUUUGGAUUCUGAUGAGGUAGGCGUUAUUGGUUAUUUUGAAAAGGACGACUCACCUCUUGCAGCCUCCUUCCAUGCUGUUUCAAAAAAAUUGAGAGAGAAAGUUCGAUUUGCACACACCUCUGCCAAGGCCUUGCUAGAAAAAGAGGGAUAUAAAAAUAAUAUUGUUCUUUAUCGUCCAAAAAUCUUACACAAUAAAUUCGAAGCUAGCAGUGUUGUUCACAAGGGUGGAGAUUCCAUCAGCGAAGUUCACGACUUCAUUCUUAACAAUUACUUCGGUAUCGUGGGGGUACGCACUCGGGACAACUCAGCUGACUUCAAGAAUCCGUUGGUUGUCGCCUAUUAUAAUGUAGAUUACGUGAAGAAUCCUAAAGGCACAAACUACUGGCGUAAUAGAAUUAUGAAGAUCGCCAAAGAUUUCCCAAAACUUAACUUUGCAAUUUCUUCCAAGGAUGACUUCCAGCACGAAUUGAAUGACUUCGGCAUUGAUUACACAAAGGGGGACAAGCCCAUCGUAUUGGCAAAAGAUGCCAAAAAUCAGAAGUUCAUCCUGAAGGAUGAAUUCUCAAUGCAAAGUUUUGAAGCAUUUUUGAAAGAUCUCGAAUCCGGUGCUCUAGAGCCUUAUCUUAAAUCUGAACCUAUUCCUGAUGAUAACAGUGGAAAUGUCAAGAUCGCCGUGGCGAAAAACUUCGAUGACGUUGUCACAAAUAAUAAUAAGGAUACGCUUAUAGAAUUUUAUGCACCGUGGUGUGGUCACUGCAAGAAAUUGGCACCAAUCUACGACGAGUUAGGAGACAAGCUUGCUGACGAAGAUGUCGAAAUCGUAAAAUUCGACGCUUCGAAUAACGACGUCCCAGCACCGUAUGAAGUCCAAGGGUUCCCGACUAUAUUCUGGGCACCUAAGAACGCCAAGGACAGUCCUAUCAAGUACGAAGGUGGUCGAGAGCUGGAAGAUUUCAUCAAAUACAUUGCUAAGCAUUCGACGGAACAGCUUAAUGGCUUUGACCGUAAAGGAAAACCUACUAAAGGUGCAAGCGAUGAACUAUAAAACUUCGCAAAAUCAGCGCAAGAAUUAUCAUACUUUCAAUUUUGUCACUCUGAUUAAAUAAUUAAGAAUAACAUUUAAGUCUUUUAUAAUUCACAAAAUGAUAUCGUGAUAAAAAUUUGGAAUGAAACAUUGUCAUAUAGGUUGUAUGUUGCCUCACAGAAAACGACACAGUCACGUACAAAAUAAUCAUAGCUGAAAAGGAAAUCAUAAAAUUGUUAUCAAAGGAAAACUACAGUGCGACAGGCAGAGUGGUUAAAGACUUGCUAAUGUGACGAGUCAACUUCCUACUUUUUUUCAAUUUCUUUAUCUUGACCACGAUACUUCCACCUGAAUCGUACUUAUUACAGCAUCUUGCCUUGCAGCAAAAUUAAUAACGUAUCGAUACCGUCUUUCACAACAUGCUAAAAAAUAAUAAACGAUAGUUCAGAAAUGUACUCCCGGUAUGGAAAAUUCUAUGAGAUAGGGAUUAAUCAAGGUCAUAUUCUUUCGAAUAACAGAUUUCAACUAUGUCACUCACUGGAAUCUCUUAUCAGGGAUCAAUACUUCAUUCCAAGUGUAUGUCUAAGAGAUAAUUUGGGGAGAAAAUUUUAAUUUUUGGUUUAAAUGAAAGUCAUAAUAAAUUGUUUUAUACUCAUUUUCAAAGAA